AACGAGUGUUCAUCUUGCAUAUAGACAAUCUUUGACGUUUUGACGUCAGACAGACCAACAGUACGGCAGAAACAGUUGCAAAGGCUACAAGUAUACGCUGAAGUGGCUAAACGUUUGAGCCUAGAGAAUUUUUCGCCUUUUUUGCAGAGAAAUAUGGAAACAUCUUCAGCCUUCGUCUCUUUGGAGGAAGGGUUGUGGUCAUCAAUGGCUACAAGCAUGUGAAAGAAGCCCUGGUCCAACAAGGAGAAGACUAUGUAGAUCGUCCCUCUGUGCCGUUGUUCAAUGAAUUUUUUGGGAAUACAGGUAUUGUGAUGGCAAAUGGUAAUCCAUGGAAGCAGCAGAGGAGAUUUGCUCUUCAUACACUCAGAAACUUUGGUCUGGGCAAGAAGACUCUGGAGCUGUUUAUCCAGCAGGAGUGUCGAUAUCUCACAGAGGCGUUCGCAGAUCAACAGGGCACACUAAACUACUUUUUUAUUUUUUAUUUUUUUACGAUGAUACAUUAAUUCAUUAAUUUAUUUUUUAUUCCAUGUCAUUUUCCUUUUCUCUACAACUUUUCAAUGCAGAAGCUUGCAACAGGACAUUUGUGAAUCAGCUCAUGAAACAAAAUAUGGCACCAGUCAUAAUUUAAAGGAAUAUCUACAUUCUCUGUAUUAGAACUGAAAUAAUGAGUCAGGGACUGCACAGGCGCUCGAUUGUUAGCAGGGUCAACUCACAGCUAGAAGAUCCCCGGUUCAUGUCUCAGCCUGGGCCUGGCAUCUUUCUGUGUGGAGUUUGCAUGUUCUCCCUGUGCAGUGUGGGUUCUCACCAGGUUCUCCGGUUUCCUCCCACUGUCAAACAACAUGCUGAGGUCAGCUGAUGAUUCUAAAUUGUUGCAUCUCUGUGUAGCCCUGUGAUGGAGUGGUGACCUGUACAGAAUGUCCUGUUUUUCCCUUAAAUCAGGUGGAAUAGACUCCAGCCCCCCUGCAACCCUCAAGAAGAAUCAGCAGUAUAUAGAUAAUGGAUGGAUGGAUGUUUUUCUGUCCUUCUGUCUUUUAUGUAUUUAUUCGUAUUUUUUUGGCAGGGAAGCCUUUUGAUGCCGUAAAAUUGAUCAACAAUGCUGUGUCCAACAUCAUCUGCUGUUUGGUGUUUGGACAUCGAUUUGAGUAGACUGACAAGCUGUACCAGUCCAUUCUUCAAAAAUUUAAUGAGUCAAUACGCUUACAGGAAGGCAUGUUUGUCCAGAUUUACAACACAGUACCCUGGUUGAUGAGGUGGCUGCCUGGACCUCAACAGAAGAUAUUCAGUCAUUUCAAACAGAAUAUGGACUUUGUAGAAAUGAAGAUCAAAGAACACAGAGAAACCCUCGACCCCUCAUCACCAAGAGACUACAUCGACUCUUUCCUCAUUGAAAUGGGAGACAAAGAGGACAAAGAAGCUGGUUUUGAUCUCAACAAUUUGUGUAUUUGCACUCUUGAUCUGUUUGGUGCUGGAACUGAAACUACUACCACUACUUUACGCUGGGGUCUGAUGUACAUGAUCCACUAUCCUGACAUACAGAAGAGAGUCCAGGCUGAGAUAGAUGCUGUGAUUGGUUCAUCCAGACAGCCCUCCAUGACUGACAGAGAAAACAUGCCCUAUACUAAUGCAGUUAUUCAUGAAAUACAGAGAUAUGCCGACAUUGUCCCACUCAAUGUGGUUCACAUGACUCACAGGGACACCACACUGGAUAAGUACACAAUCCCAAAGAACAGAGUACCGAAAAACUUCCCUCCUGGACCGUGGGCUCUACCCUUCAUUGGUGAUCUUCAUCGCAUCCAACCUGCCAGACUUCAUCUGCAGUUAACAGAGUUUGCAGAGAAAUAUGGAAACAUCUUCAGCCUUCGUCUCUUUGGAGGAAGGGUUGUGGUCAUCAAUGGCUACAAGCAUGUGAAAGAAGCCCUGGUCCAACAAGGAGAAGACUAUGUAGAUCGUCCCUCUGUGCCGUUGUUCAAUGAAUUUUUUGGGAAUACAGGUAUUGUGAUGGCAAAUGGUAAUCCAUGGAAGCAGCAGAGGAGAUUUGCUCUUCAUACACUCAGAAACUUUGGUCUGGGAAAGAAGACUCUGGAGCUGUUUAUCCAGCAGGAGUGUCGAUAUCUCACAGAGGCGUUCGCAGAUCAACAAGGGAAGCCUUUUGAUGCCCGGAAAUUGAUCAACAAUGCUGUGUCCAACAUCAUCUGCUGUUUGGUGUUUGGGCAUCGAUUCGAGUACACCGACAAGCAGUACCAGUCCAUUCUUCAAAAGUUUUAUGAGGCAGGGCGCUUACAGGAAAGCAUGUUUGUCCAGGUUUACAACACAGUACCCUGGCUGCUGAAGUGGCUGCCUGGACCUCAUCGGAAGUUACUCAUUGUGUUUCAAGUGAUAGUUGACUUUGUAGAAACUGAGAUCAAAGAACACAGAGAAACUUUCAACCCCUCUUCACCAAGAGACUACAUCGACUCCUUCCUCAUAGAAAUGGGAGACAGUGAAGACAAAGAAGCUGGUUUUGAUCUCAAAAAUUUGUGUAUUUGCACUCUUGAUCUGUUUGGUGCUGGAACUGAAACUACUACCUCCACUUUACGCUGGGGUCUGCUGUACAUGAUCCACUAUCCUGACAUACAGAAGAGAGUCCAGGCUGAGAUAGAUGCUGUGAUUGGUUCAUCCAGACAGCCCUCCAUGACUGACAGAGAAAACAUGCCCUAUACUGAUGCAGUCAUCCAUGAAAUUCAGAGAAUGGGCAACAUUGUCCCUCUCAAUGUGGGACACAUGACUCACAGGGACACCACACUGGAUAAGUACACAAUCCCAAAGGGCACCAUGAUAAUACCGUCUCUGCACUCGGUCCUCAAUGAUGAGUCGAUGUGGGAAACUCCACACUCCUUCAACCCUCAGCACUUCCUGGACCAGGACGGUAAAUUUAGGAAAAGAGAAGCCUUCCUUCCAUUUUCUGCAGGUAAGCGGGUGUGUCUCGGGGAACAGCUGGCCAGGAUGGAGUUAUUCCUCUUUUUCACCUCCCUCCUUCAGAGAUUUUCAUUCUCUGCACCUCCUGGAGAGAAACCCACACUGGAGUACACCAUGGGAGGCAUUCGCACACCCAAACCAUACCGCCUUUGUGCCACACCACGAUAAACCACAACUCACAGUAAAUCACUGUGUUCCACUACAUUUGUCUUGUAAUGCAUCAUGAAUGUCUGCUGUUUAUUUUUAUUUGUCUAUGGCAUGAGUAAAAUAUCAUUGGAAAGUAAUUUCAGUCAGCAGACCUUUUCAAUAAACCAUUUUACAUUGUUAAAAUAAUCUACUUCAGUUGUGUAAAAACAUUCACCUACACUUGUAAAGACUGUGUAUAUCAUGGCAAUCUUCAGUCACUCCUAGAAGUCUUAAUUUUUUAGGAUGGAAGUACUGAAAUGUGUCAUGACAAAGUAAUCAAACAUCCAUAAAAUGUCAUUUGAAAGUAUUUUAAGCCAUUAUACCUUUUCAAUAAACAGUUACACAUUAUUGAAAUAAUCUACUGUAUUCAAACAUGCAAUAAAAUCCUGUGAACCUUACAGUUCUUAACAGUAAUCACUGGGAACAAUCAUUUCCGCAACAAAUUCAUUUUGUCAGACUUGCAAAAAUGUGAUUUGUUUGUGAAUCAAUAAACUGAGAUGAACUUGUGCUUCUCAUGCAGA